AUGGCUACAUCUCCCAGAGCUACGCCUGCCAGGGCCACGUCUCCCAGGGCUACGUCUCCCAGGGCUACAUCUCCCAGGCCUGCCAACCCAGCACCUACAACGGUUAAUGUCGAGGUUGAUGACAGGGCUACUGAAAAUGACUCUACUUAUGGAGACGAACUGACUACUUUCACCGCGUCCGUCACGUCGUCCAUUCUGAACUACCGCAACGAAAACGGUAGACGCUACCAUGCAUAUCAUGAUGGCACCUACCAACUUCCAAAUGACGAAGACGAAAAAGAACGGCUCGAUAUAAUGCACGAAAUGAUGUUGACAAUGCUGGACCGGAAACUUUUUCUGGCACCGAUAGGCGAUUCAGCGGAUAAGGUUCUGGAUCUGGGUACCGGGACUGGCGUGUGGGCCAUAGAUUUUGCCGAUAUGUUCCCUUCCACAGAGGUCUGGGGAAAUGAUCUAAGCCCUAUCCAACCAAGCUAUGUCCCUCCAAAUGUCAAGUUCAUCAUAGAUGACUUUGAAGAUGAUUGGGCGUACGGAGACCAAAAGUUUGACUACAUUCAUGCACGUUAUAUGGCAACGACUGUCAAGGAUUUUCCUAGACUACUGCGACAGUGCUACAGCAACGUUACUCCAGGAGGGUGGGUCGAGUUUCAAGAUUGGGACACCAGAUUACAUUCAGAGGACCGGUCGACUCAUGGAACGUCGCUUCAACAAUACUACGACCUCACCAUCCCAGCUUUCAAUAGACUAGGAGUUGAACCAGCUCCUGGACCACACCUGGAAGGAUGGUUUCGCGAAGCCGGAUUUGUGGAUAUUCAUGUUGAGAAGUUUCUUGUCCCGUUGGGAGCGUGGCCCAAGGACAAGCGUCUUAAAACACUCGGACUCUGGAACAUGCUGCAAGCAGACACAGGAUUCGAGGCAGCUGCCAUGGCGGUAUUGACGCGGUACGAAGGGUGGUCGAAGGAAGAGGUGAAAAUCCUCGCAUCUAAGACUCGAAGCGAUGCACGGAAUCCCGACAUCCAUGGCUUAUUUGACUUCUAUGUCGUCUACGGGAGAAGACCUGUAUGA